AUGAGUUGUACAAUUAGUUGUGACUAUCUUCCAUGGAAGAAUGCAGUUCAUACUCCGUUGGUUGAAUGGCAAAAAGUAUUAUCAAAAUUAACCAAGAGAGAAAUUAAUAGACGACUUUUCGCAAAAGUUGAUCUUAAUCAUAAACCAUUACAACGUGAACAUUCAGCACCAACGAAAAAAUUAUUAUUAUCAAAAAAUGAUGAUAUUGAUGAUACAUUUAUACCUUCAUUUCUUAUUUCACCUCCAUCAAAUGUCGCCCAAUCAUCGACAGAUUUAUCAAGCACAAGACGUUAUGCUUCUUCAUUUAAAACUAUUGGUAAUGAACAAAUACAACGAUCAAAUUCGACUACUACUGAUAAUGUUGUUAUAUUGAAAUUAACAAAAGAUAAUACCAAAGAACAUAUUGAUAAUAGUUCACAAUCAUCCAGAAAACAUUCUCUUCUAUCAAUGGGAACAUCAACUACAGCUAGUUCAACUCCAUCUGCGCAACAAUCAUCGUCUUCAUGUUCCUUUUCUUCUUCGUCUCCAAUGAGGCCAAAUUCGAUAUUAAGAACUGACGGACUGAAACGUCAUGCGACACAUUAUGAUUCGCCUAUAAUUGCAUCAAGCAAUACCUAUCUACCUAUUUCUUCAGGUAUAGCUCUUAGGAUGGCAACGAGUACAACAAGUCAUCCAUCAUCGAAUUCAUCUUUAUUUGCUUAUGGAAAUACAAUAACGGGAGGAAGCACUGUUCGACAAAGAGCAUUAGCUGACACGACUACAAACAGUUUAUUAAUCACAACCGAACGAUUUAAAACAAAUACAUCUUCUUCAUCAUCCAUGCGUCCAGCAAGACAACCAGCAAUGUCAUCAGCAUAUAUGACAUCCCAACAAUUACAACGAAAUGCUAGUCAAACUACUAGACCACGUAUUCAACAUGAUAAAACAACGAUUUCAAAAGAUCUUUAUGAAUAUCCUGAUCCAUUCACUAAUUGUCCUUCGGACAUGUUAAGUAAAUUAGCACAACUUAGUAAACUACAAAUAGAAACAGUUGAAUGGGAAAAGAAACGACGAUUUACAAAGAAAAAAUCAGGAGCCAAUGGCACUACACAAGGAAAAGACAGUCCUUGA